GGCGGGGCCUCGCGUUCGAACGGCGGCGGCGCCGCGCGGGAAUAUGGCGGGGACGCGGGCUCUGCUCCGGCAAUGCCCGCUGCUGCUGCCGCAGGACCGCCACGGCACUGCCUACGAGGGCUUUGUCACGGCCCAGGGUAGAAACUUCCACAUCAGGAUACUGCUACCAAUGGAUUUGCAGUUGAAAAAUGCCAGGGUAGAGUGCAGCUGGCGUCUGAAGAGGAUCCUGCACAGCUAUCGGCACAUUUUGAAGCAGAGGCUGCACAGCUGUCCAGAUCUUGUCAGCUUUAUGGUGGAGCUGAAAACUGUUUUGGAAAUUGCUUUAAAGAACACACAAGACCUGCACAUCCCAAGGCCUCCAGAAUACUACUCCUGCCUUGUCAGAGAUCUAGAAAUACUGGGCUGGAACAGAGUGGCCUAUGUGGACACUGGGCUGACCACAGUCAAGUUAAAAGCUGAAGACUCUUGUGCUCGACAGCAUCUCAUCACUCUCAAGUUAAAUGCAAAGUAUCCCACAGAACCACCAGAUUGCCUUGUGGAUUUUCCUGUUCCAUUUGCUGUUUCCUGGAUGCCACAGAACUCCUUAAUAGACAUUUACAACCAGUUCCUGGCAGCAUUGGAGUCGCUGAAGGAAUUCUGGGAUGCCCUUGAUGAAAUCGAUGGGAAGACAUGGGUGCUUGAGCCAGAAAAUCCCACACGGAGCGCUACAAGCAGAAGAAUUGCAAUAGGGAACAAUGUCUCAGUGAACAUAGAGGUAGAUCCUCGCCAUCCAAACAUGCUUCCAGAGUGUUAUUUCCUUGGAGCAGAUCACGAAGUGAACCCUCUGAGAACUAAACUCAACAACAACAUGCACUUGUGGGAUCCAGAAAUCAGUUUGUUACAGAACUUGAGAGAGCUCCUAGGAAUUGAUUUUCCAUCUCGUGCUGUGUUGGAAAAAAGCGACUUUGCCAAGGACUGUGGGAUCUGCUACGCCUAUCGGCUGGAGGGCAGCGCGCCCGACCACGUGUGUGAUGAUCCUCGCUGUGGGCAGCCCUUCCACCAGGCCUGUCUCUAUGAGUGGCUACAAGGCCUUCCUACCAGCAGACAGAGUUUUAAUGUCAUCUUUGGUGAAUGUCCCUAUUGUAAUAAGCCCCUGACACUGAAAUCUUCAACGAAGAAACUCUAGGAAAAAACUGCGUGGUGGUAGCACCACUGCACUCCACUGAAGACACAGGAACAGCAACAUCACAGCAGAUACAAGGACAGGACAAUGAGCAGCAGAAGCACCA